AUGCGGGCGCUCUUCGGCGGGGCGCCCAACAACUCGGCACCCACUGUUGGGCAUAGCCCGCAGACCCCCCCAGCAGACCCUUCGCCAGCCUUCCCCCUCCUCCAUGGCGCCAACACCGCGCAGCAGCCGCCGUGGUGGGAGGAGGUGCAUGCCCAGGACGGCGAGUGGGCCACGCUAUCCCGAUCCAACAGCGCCAAACGGCGGCUGUUUGGGCAGCUGGGUGGCGGCGACUCUGCGGACGAGCCCAACGGUAGCUGGGCGCCGCUGUCGGCCAGGGCAGCCCGGCCCAGCACCAGCCAAAUAGUCCUGGCAGCCCUGGCGGGAGUGGCGCUGCUGGCACUGCUGUCGCUGUCACCCAUGGGCGGCCAUGCGUCUGCUGGUGGCAUCGUUCAUGGCAGCGGUGGGCGAAGGUACCUGCAGGCUGGCGCCCCCCUGGUGGCUGCUGCAGCAGCCCCCGCAGCAGCAGGAGCAAGAGCAGCGGGGAUGGCGCAGCUGCGCGAGCCUCUCUGGAACGUCUCCAUGCUGCUGACGGCGGGCAGGGAGCAGGCUGCACAGCUGGCGGGGGAAGCGCAGCAGCCCUUCCUGCGGGCGCUGGUGCGGGGCGCAAGCGCCGCCUCAGGCUCUGAAAUAGCGGCGGCAGUGCUGCUCUGGGUGCACCUGUCGCCUCCCGCAGCCGACGAUGGAGGCUGCACCAUCUCUGUCAGCAUGCUGCUGCCGCAGCAAGCCAGCCGGCGGUUGGCGGACGCCCUGGCGGCAGAUCCGCUGCUGCUCAGGCGCCCAGCUGGCCUGGGCAAGGACACCAGCAGCAGUAGCUUCAAUGGCGAGCUUCGUGCAUCCCGGGUGCAAAACAAGGCCGCCUCCUGCGAGCAGCAGGAAGGAGCCGACUUCCGCCUGCAACUGCUGCUCGGCUGCUCCUCCGCCACCGCGGUUGCCUAG